UUGAAUAAUCCUCUGAAUAAAUAAAUAUUCCCGUGUCAAUCCACCCUUACACCCCCACAACAGUGAUAACUGUCAGGACUCGCCCUUGUCACCGCACCCCAUCCCCCCGAGAUGACGUAUCGAGCCUAGGUCCAUGUACACAAAUACCUCAUCCCCAUGCCCAAUCCAUAUUGUGCAUCCGUCAGGGAAGAAUCAUCCCCAACGGGUACGACCUUCACAGCGCGUCUCCCCGUUAAUCUCGUCACCCGGAAAAAUCGGAUAAUUCAAACAAAGUGAUAGUGCGUGCUCGGGGUGGAGGUAAUGCUCGUGUCACGUUCGUCAGGGCGUGUACAUGCAUAACAGAUACAUAUACGGGAUUCCAGAGUGACGCGGGAAUAGGACGGACCGGAUGAUGGACUGACAAGGGAUACCGAAGUGGAACACAUGAGAAGAGAGUAAAGAAAUUCACUUGGUGGUGGGGUGGAGCCAAUUACGCCUGGACGAGAUAACAGACAUUUGGGUGAAUCUGACAUAGCUACCAUGCCGAUGGGACCCAGGCCUGGUAGUCUCAAGGAUCCGGAGAUUGCCGAGCUCUUCGAGAAGAACGACCCCGAGAAAAUUUUCGAAGAUCUCAGGGAGAUUGGACAUGGUAGCUUUGGGGCUGUUUAUUAUGCACGAUGCCUACUCACCGAGGAAAUCGUUGCCAUCAAGAAAAUGUCGUAUUUGGGGAAACAGACGGUGGAUAAGUGGCAGGAUAUACUCAAGGAGAUAAGAUUCUUGAGACAGUUGAAUCAUCCGAAUACCAUUGAAUACAAGGGGUGCUAUCUCAGAGAUCAUACAGCAUGGCUCGUUAUGGAGUAUUGUGUUGGCUCAGCCUCCGAUAUAAUUGAAGUACACAAACGGCCAUUAAAGGAAGACGAAAUAGCAGCAAUUUGUGAGGGUGUUCUGCGUGGCUUGCAUUAUCUUCACUCUCUCGGUAGAAUACAUCGUGAUGUCAAAGCUGGAAACAUCUUAUUGACUGAAAAUGGCACUGUCAAACUCGCUGAUUUUGGCUCAGCCAGUAUAAAGUGUCCAGCCAACAGUUUCGUGGGGACACCUUACUGGAUGGCGCCAGAGGUGAUUCUGGCUAUGGACGAGGGCCAAUAUGACGGCAAGGUCGACGUAUGGUCAUUAGGAAUCACGUGUAUAGAAUUGGCCGAGAGGAAGCCACCGUAUUUCAACAUGAAUGCGAUGAGUGCACUCUAUCAUAUUGCCCAGAAUGAUACGCCAACGUUAAAUUCACCAAACUGGGCUGAUGUUUUUGGAAAUUUUGUCGAGGUUUGCUUGACGAAGAGUCCUAAUGAGAGGCCAUCGUCUGGUAAAUUAUUAUCGCACGGUUUCGUGACAAGGACACGAUCCCCUCAAGUGCUGACUGACCUGGUUCAGCGAACAAAAGGGGCAGUUCGUGAGUUGGACAAUUUGAACUACCGAAAAAUGAAAAAAAUUCUAAUGAUCGAUGCAUGUGAGAGCGAGAGUCAAGUGGGAGAUGCUGAUGACACACCAGACGAGCAAACAGGUGGUGACAGCAGCAAGAGCAAUUCCAUAACGUCAGAGCACUCGAUUCACUCGAUGGGGGUGUCAGCGAGCUCUCAAAGUUCCUCAACCAACAGUUUACCACUGCCCAACGUCAAUGACACCAACGACUAUUCCUCUGGAUCAGUGAGAAAUCGUCACAAGGUAUCAGCAGGUGUUACUGCCAAUUUACUGGAGCACGGUGCCAAUAAUUUUGCAACAAUAAGAACAACAUCGAUUGUCACGAAACAGCAGAAGGAACACAUGCAGGAGGAGAUGCACGAGCAGAUGUCUGGGUAUAAAAGAAUGAGAAGAGAGCACCAGGGUGCCCUUGUUAAGCUGGAGGAACGCUGCAAAAUGGAGGUAGAGUCACACAAGCAACUCCUCGAUAAGGAGUACGAAACCCUUCUUCAGCAGUUCAGCAAGGAACUCGAGAAACUCCAGUUCAGGCAUCUCCAAGAGAUGGAGCGCAAGCUCAAGCAAAAUCAAAAUGCUGAGAAGAAGCUGCAGAAGGAGAUCAUCAGCAGACAGGAGGCUGAUCGCAAGGCACUCGAGACACAGCAGAAGCGCGAGUACAAGGCGUAUAAGGAGAGGUGGAAAAGAGAACUCUCUCAGGAUGAGGUUACCCCCAAACGUCAACGUGAUGCAACCCUUCAGAGCCAGAAGGAUAAUCUCAGGCAGAUGGAGGCUCAGGAGGAGCAGCGACUCGCUAGGGGACAGAGAGAGUACCUCGAUCUGGAGAUACGAAAAUUUCGGAGAAAAAAAUUGCUCAUUUUUCAUAGUCUUGAACAGGAGCUUCUGCGUGAGGAACUGAAUAAACGCCAACAACAAUUGGAACAGGCGCACGCGAUGUUGCUGAGACACCACGACAAAACCCAGGAAUUAGAGUAUAGACAACAAAGAGCAGUGCAUUCACUGCGAGAAGAGCAGAUUCAGCGUCAGCAUGCCACAGAACUCUGCAAUCAGCAGGAGUACAUGCAACGGGCUGAGAGAGAUCUCCGUAAGAAGCAUGCACUUGAAUUGAAACAACAGCCCAAGAGUCUGAAGCAGAAGGAGACGCAGAUCAGAAAGCAGUUCAGGGAAACGUGCAAGAUACAGACACGCCAGUACAAGGCAUUCAAAGCCCAAAUUCUGCAGACGACGCCGAGGGAUGAACAAAAAGCCGUUAUUAAGAAAUUGAAGGAGGAACAGAGGCGAAAGUUGGCGUUACUUGGUGAUCAGUAUGAGCAAAGUAUUGCUGAGAUGCUUCAGAAGCAGAGCAUCAGGUUAGACGAGUCACAGGAGCUUGAAUGCCAUCAUCUCAAGGAGAGGCUUAAUUACGAGCUAGAGAUAUUGAUGGCCUAUCAGUCAAAGAAUAAAAUGCAAGCGGAGGCCCAGCGCAAUCGUGAACGACGCGAGUUAGAGGAUCGUGUAUCAGUCAGACGGGCUCUGCUAGAACAAAAAAUGGAAUUAGAAACUCAGGAAUUCCUUCAAGAACGUAGCGAAAGGAUACGUUUGUUGCAUGAGAGACAGGAACGUGAGUUACAACAAUUCGAUGAGGAGAGUGCGCGAGUUGGAUUUAGUGCUCUAGCAAUUGCCGAAGCAUCUAAAGAGUCUUACCCAGACGACGAGAGCCUGAGUGGUUCAAUGCUGAGUCUAGCCCACAGCAAUAGCUCCACGUCAUUUCCUCCAAGUAGUCUUUAAUUACAAUAAUCGUCAAUAUACCUAAUACGGCCACACGUUCAACAACGACUCGUGCACUACAAUGAGUCGAUAGUACAGUGGGACUAAUUACUAUUAUUUCUCUCGUUUAUUUCUUUUUAUAUAGAAACUCAGAUCAGUAGUAAAUUGGUAAAAUGAAGAUUAAUUAAAAAUCUACUUGUAGACUCUUCUGAGAAUAUCUGUUGGGGUGAAUCAAUUUAGCAAAAAUCAUUAGAACUUUUGAAGAGAAUUCAAUAUUUUUUUUUUAUCUCAGCAUUUUUAUUUGCACUUAUAGUGCCCGAGAUAUUCGCAAGAAAAACCUCUUGAAAUUUGCACUGCUGGAAAAUUCUUUCAAGGAUAUUUGACAAACAAUCUGCUCUUUACCACUUCACCACUGGAGUUUCCUCUGACAAAACUUACGGGAAGAUUCAUUAUUGGUUGAGAAGGAGAAUUUUCUCUGUAUGAGAACGUUAGCGUUAUUGUGUACGUGUGUAGUUCCUUUUCGAGUCCCCCAAUCAGGGAGAAACAGUGGAAUUUGAUUCGGGGGUGAAGAGACAGACUCCGACGACCACAAUGGGAUCCACUAUCUGGCCAUCAUCUGUUUCGAGGUCUGUUUCAUAAUUUAUCUUCAUGUCAGUCGAUCGUCAA